UACUACUACUAGUGAUGCUGCUGCUGCUGCUGCUGUUACUACUAAUACUACUACAAUUACUACUACUACUGCUACUACUACUACUACUACUACUACUACUACUACUACUACUGCUACUACUGCUACUAUUAGUGCUACUGCGGCUGCUGCUACUACUACUACUACUACUACUACUACUACUACUACUACUACUACUACUACUAUUAGUGCUACUGCGUCUGCUACUACUACUACUACUACUACUACUACUACUAUAUCUUUCUUCCCCAGAUCGAGAACAGCCAGCUGCAGGACGCUGUCGUGGUGCUCGUCGCUCACAGGGUCCCGGCACUGUACAGGUGAGGGUGGGAGGAGGAAAUGGAGGGAGGAAGUACUUGAAUAUUGCACAGAAAGAAAGAAUGUUAUUGAAUUACAGUAGAGUACUCGGCAUGCGACGUAUUUGACUCACAACGAACGCGCAUUCAUCUGACAACUAAUGACUAACAAUACUUAUAAUUCUUUGUGAUUUUACUGGUACAUGUGCUAUCGGUACACACUUUUCUAUGCACUGUAAGAUAAAAAAAAAAAAAACAUUACUUAUAUACAUUUAGCUGCACUGUUAUGUGACGAUUUUUAUUUUUUUCUAUGACUAGGUUUUUCGAGAAUAAACCCUUGCCAUCCAACCAUCUUUUGCUUCCGUCGGCGAUUUUGGAACGGAUUAUGCUCGUAUGCCAAGUACAACAGUGUAGAUCUCGCUCUCUCUCUCUCUCUCUCUCUCUCUCUCUCUCUCUCUCUCUCUCUCUCUCUCUCUCUCUCUCUGCAGAAGCCUCAAGACGGUCACGGCGGCGCAGGGUUUCGAUGAGCGACGGGUGGAGGUGUUCACGCCGGAGCCACACGAGGAGCUGGCUGGGUUUCUGGCGGUACUGGGUCUGCCGCUCACCGUCACGCACCAGCUGAGUGACUUCGUGGCCACGCUCAUCUCCAAGCAAUUUGUGUUCGCCUUUAGACACAUGCUGGCCAAGUAUCCCCGCGCGGACCUGUUCAUCGUGCUCGAGGAGGACAUCAAAGUAUCGCCGGAUUUCUUCUCUCCAAAGAGCAGAGCCAAAAGGAUGACCCAAAAAUUGAGAAGCAUUUUACUUGUAUCUUCCACUUCCUUCCUCUUCAGGUUCCUCAACAGGACGGCCAAGCUGUUGAAGGAAGAUCCAUCACUGCACUGCGUCUCUGCCCACAACGAUCUGUCUUACCCCGGCACCUCCCGUGAUCCCCGCGCCCUCCUCCGUGCCGCCAGCUACACUAACUAUGGCUGGAUGGUGAGGGAGUGCAUUCCUUUUCUUCCUCUCUUCCUCCUUUCACCGUUUUCUUAGGGUGAGGGGUUAGCACCAUGUACAAAUCUCUUACAGUUGUUCUGUCCCUUACAUCUUCCUAUGUGACUCCCAUCCUUUGCAGUUCUACCACAAUUCCAUCCCCCAUCUCACUCUGUCUUCCGCGAUCUUCUCCCCUCGCUUGAUUUUCUCCAUGCUCCCUUAAUCACUUCCUGGUCUUCUCGUCUUACUACGUGACAAAGCCAUCUCAUUUUUUUUUAAUUAUCACUUACUGAGUUGCUAUUUUGAAACCCCUGCGCACCUGACGCUCUUUUUACACAGGUGACUCGGGAAUUCGCGCAGGAGAUGGUGGCCGGGAUGGAGAACCAGGAGUUUGAGUUUGACUGGGAUACGUUCACUUACUUCUUCCUUAGACGCGGCCGAGAGUGUAUCAUUCCUGAGGUGGGUGACGAGGGAGUGACUGAGUGACGGAGAGGGAGAGGGAGUGAAGGAGGGCGGUAGUGGUGAAGGAUAUUUUUGAGAGAGAGAGAGAGAGAGAGAGAGAGAGAGAGAGAGAGAGAGAGGGGGGGAGGAGGGAGAGGAAAUAAGAUAAGCUAGGAUAUAAUAAUGUCCGACUGACGAAUAUAACCACAACUAUUCCUCCUCCUUCUCCUCCUCGUCCUCCACCUCCUCCUCCUCCUCCUCCUCUUCUUCCUCCUCCUCCUCCUCCUCUUCCUUCUCUUCCUCUUCCUCCAGCAGGUGUCACGCUCCCACCACUUCGGGGACGCGGGUGUCCACCUCUCUCAGUUCAGCAUCCGCCUCUACUUCUCGGCCAAGAACUACAACCUGGACCCGGAGGCGUGGGUGGAGGGCGCCGAGGAGUGAGUGUUGGGGGGACAGACACAGGGAAGCCAUGGACAGGGAGGCUAGGAACACUGCACACUUCAUUCUUACUUUCUCAGUGGAGUUUACAAUUUAUUAAAGAAAAGCUAUAUAAAAAAGAGUGAGGGAGUGGGAAUAUAAAUAUCGGUAGGGAACGUACAAUGGAUGGGAAAAAAUACAGAGUGAGUACAAAGUUUCUUUCUUUGUCUUCUUCUUAUGAGAACAUAAGAACAUAAGGAAAUAAGGGAAGGUGCAUAAAGACAUGCCUACCCUACCCAUAAAUGUCUAUUUUUCAGUAUUACCAUUAAGUAUGUUUUUUUUUUUUUCCUUUCUUUUCUUUCCUCACUUUAUGUUCCUCCUCCUCCUCCUUCUCUUCCGUCAGGCUCGAGCAGGGGAGGUACGAGGCCCUGGUGACCUCCAUGCUGGUGCGUGCCAGGGUGGUGGAGGUGGACCCCUGCCAGAGGAGCUUCCCUGCCAGGCAGUCUAUGAAGGAGGGGGACGUGCUGGUGCUCUUCUUCCACUAUGCAGGCAACUUGGACCUGUACCGCGGCAGCCGUGAGUGGCAGGCUCUCGCCUCGGUACGCCCUGACCACUAUACUCUGGUUCCCUUAGUUGCACGGUUAUGUUGUUUAUCUUGUGUUAUCUAA